AUGCCUAAGGCCGCGACCAAGCGAGGUGCCGCUAAGGACACCAAGAAGCGCGCGAAGAAGGACCCCAACGCCCCCAAGCGUGGCCUUUCCGCCUACAUGUUCUUCGCCAACGAGCAGCGCGAGAACGUUCGUGAGGAGAACCCCGGUAUUUCCUUCGGACAGGUCGGCAAGAUCCUCGGUGAGCGCUGGAAGGCCCUCAACGAGAAGCAGCGCGGUCCCUAUGAGGCCAAGGCUGCCACCGACAAGAAGCGCUACGAGGACGAGAAGCAGGCAUACAACGCCGAACAAGAGGAGGAUGAGUCCUCUUGA